UGCUAUUUCUAGCAAGUCGGGUGGAAUGACCGGGUAAGAAGUGCCCUCGUUCUCGCCAGUAAAAGAGAGUUAUCUGCCCUUCUGUUUCCCAGUUACGACAGUUUAGCAGCGAAGUUCCUCACAAAAGCACGUGUACAUACUGAGUUACACACCUCUAUCGAGAAACACCUUGAUAUUUCAGUAACGCGGCGGUCCUGCCCCCUUCUUGCCCCUCACACAACAAAACAUACACUUCCUGCUCCAUAAUUCACCUCCUGCUCCUUUCAGUCGACAGCUAUUACGUUUGUUUAAAAUUUUGUUUUCACUUUUCCCCAAAUAUUCUUUAAAAAAAAAAAUUUGACUGAUUGAAAGAUGGCGUUAAACGAAGCUCAAAUGAAACUAGUUGUGGAUUUAGAAAUGGAAAUGAUGGCGGACAUGUAUAACAGAAUGACCAGUGCCUGUCAGAAGAAAUGCAUUCCACCUCGAUACAAAGAUGCCGAACUCAACAAAGGUGAAGCAGUUUGUUUAGACCGAUGUGUGGCCAAGUACCUCGAUGUUCAUGACAGAAUUGGUAAAAAACUCACAGCUAUUUCACAACAAGAUGAAGCUGCUAUGAAAAAAUUACAAUCACAAAUUCAGAACCAACAGCCAACUUGAAACUUAAUAAACAAUUAGACUUUAAAAAAAAUA